AUGAAACUUUUUGUCGGACUCAUUGUUGCUAUCCACGCCAAGGCGCGAUCUCACAACAUCUGCAGCUGGGAGUGCGACAAGAUCCACGAAGCCGACCUUGAAAUGUGUGCGCCCUUGUACGACCCUCUUGAUGAACUGAACGAGGCUUACAACCAGUGCCGAGCCGAAGCCGACGAAAAGCACAAUAUCUGCAAGGAUCCCUGCAACCAGUGCCACAUCGACUGCAACGACAAGCACCACGAGGAUAAACUCAAGUGCAACGAGAUCACCGACCACUCUGAACACCAGAAAUGCGUCCACGACGCCAACGACGCUCACAAAGAGUGCAACAGCACCUGCCACUGCAUUGACUCCUGCGAACAUCGAUACAUCCAGGAGCACCAUCGAUGUGAUGGUGUCGCUGCAGAUCCAGCUCUCGAGCAGCUCUGCAGAGACAACGCCUGGGAACUUUUGGACGAUUGCUUGAAGACCAACUGCGGCUCCUUCGCCACCAGUACCACUCAGGCGCCAAUCACCACCACCCCAGAAGGCAGCGGAGAAGGCAGCGGAGAUAUGUUCGAAGGCGACGAAUCUCUCUUCUUGUAA